AUGUCCAACCUGCCUCCAGAAGCUAACUUGCAGGAAGAUCUGAAAGAAGACAUCAUUAAGCUUAUUUUGAGUGAAAAAUUCUACCCUGCCACAGCUGAAAAAUUCCAAGACUGGCCGCUUGUUGCUCUGAAAACAGAACUGAAUAGAAUUGAAAGAAUAAAGAGAGAUCCAGGCAUGAAAAGGUCAGCACCAAAUUGGAGCAAAUACAAAAAGAAAAUUGAUGAUCUUACAUUGGAGUAUAAAAGAAAGAAGCAGGAAUUGGUUGAUGCAAAAGUGGGAACUGCCAAAGCCAUAUCAAAAUGGACAAGGCAGUACACUGACGAGGCUUAUGAAAGGCUAAGAAAAAGGAGAGAAACAGAUCCUAAACUUCCAAAGAAGCCUGAUUACAAAACCACUGCUAAACCAAAGCAGCAGGCUCACACUUCUGAACCACUGUUCACAUCAUCAGAUACCUCUACCAUUGUGGUAAAUCAAAGAAAGAGGCAAAAACUGACUGAUGAAGAAGAGAAAGAACAAGAAGUUGUAUAUUUCAAAGAAGCUAUCAAAACAAUGGCACUAGAGGAUGACAACUCAGCAAAGAUUCAAAACAUAGACAAACAAGGUAAUUACGGGUAA